CGAGGCAAAAAUCGUGGCUCCUUAUGAAAAAACAAUUGUAUAUAUCAUUUAAAUUUUUUUUGGGCGGCACGGCGAGUAGGCUGCGUUAACAUUCUUUAUCGGUCAAUCGGGGGCGUAGUUUAUUGUAAUUUCGAUAUAUUUGGUAAUUUCAUCAACACUUUUCGAGUUCAACUUAGUCAUGAGCAACCAAACCGUUAACACCAACACCAAGCGCUGGGCCCUGCUCGCCGCUAGUCUGGGCCUGGCCUAUGUGCUCGUGCGGCACAGGCAAUCGAUUUGGGGCGUAUUGGGACGCAGUCCCUUUCAGCUACAGCAUAAACGCAUUGAAGUUAUCAGCUCGGUUAACGAGUCACAGCGCAUUCUGAAUGAACUUAAGAGCCAUUGCGAGUCAUUUAAAGUGAUUGGCUUUGAUUGUGAAUGGAUUACUGUUGGCGGCACACGUCGACCUGUUGCUCUGCUGCAGCUGAGCUCCCACAAGGGCCUCUGCGCCCUAUUUCGCUUGUGCUGCAUGAAGCAAAUACCUAAAGAUUUGCGUGAAUUGCUCGAGGAUGAUGCCGUGCUGAAGGUAGGCGUCGCACCACAAGACGACGCUAUGAAGCUAUCGCAUGAUUAUGGUGUUGGCGUUGCCAGCACCUUUGAUUUGCGCUACAUGGCCGUCAUGGCUGGGCACCAGGCCGAGGGCCUAGGCAAGCUAUCACAAACUCAUCUCAAUACAGUGCUCGACAAGAAUUGGCGUCUGGCCUGCUCCAACUGGGAGGCUCCACAACUGGAUUCCGCACAGCUUAAUUAUGCCGCCAAUGAUGCACUGGCCGCUGUUGCUAUUUUUCAGAAGCUAUCCAAAGAUCUGGAACCCCGUACCUUUUGGGACUGGCGUGCUCCGAAAUUCGAGCAGUUGCGCCCAAAAAUUGAGCCAUUUCUAGAUGUAGAUUUUACUAAAGGCUUUGUCUCUGGCCUCGGCAAGACCCUAUCGACAGACACUCCCUCACAUCCACUAACAGGCAAGUCUAAGCACAAGCGCAACAAGAAGCAUCAGCAGUCGCAGCAGCAGCAGCCGCAACAGCAGCAAGUUCGCAAUCUGGGCACUCAGUCCAAGGCUUUCUAUGACAAUUGCGUGCUGGAGGCGCCCGAUGGCGAGCUGCUCUGCACUAUUGAUCGUCGCAAGGCCUCUUGGUAUUUGAACCAGAAUCUAGGCACUCAGGUCAGCGAGCAGCCGUUCACAGUGCGCUUGAAUUUCGAGCCGGCAGGUCGAGCUGUCGGAGACGUGGGCCGCUACUAUCAGACGCCCAAGGAGAAUCAAUGCGUUGUAUGCGGACGUCGAGAUGCCUAUAUACGAAAGAAUGUCGUGCCACGCGAAUAUCGCAAACAUUUUCCGGUUGUUAUGAAAUCACACACAUCCCACGACAUACUCCUGCUCUGUCCCAGCUGCCACCAAUUGAGCAAUAUAUCGGACAACAAGAUACGUAAUAAGCUCGCAAUGACCUGCGAGGCACCAUUCGGCCAUGGCGAGGGCGUCUCCAAGUACCAUGAUGAUCAGCAGCUAAGAAACGUGAAGUUAGCUGGGAAGGCUCUGCUAAUGCAGAGCGAUCGUAUGCCCAGCCAGAAGGUAACACAGUUACAGAAGACCAUUUUGGAUUACUAUACAGAUGUCACUGAGAUAACCCCAGAGCUGUUGCAGAAGGCCGCUAAAUUGGAUUGCCGUGUGGCCAACGAAGAUUACUGCCAGCACGGCAAGAAGGUCGUCCAGGUAUAUCGCGAUAAGCUCGGUGGUCUCGUCGAGCUGGAGCGUUUGUGGCGGGAACACUUUUUACACACUAUGCAGCCCAAAUUUUUGCCCAAACUAUGGAAUGUCAAUCAUAAUGCCAAUCGCUUAGAGGUGCGUGCCAGCGAAGGGCGCAUCGACAAUGAAGAUUUGGUUGUGGCAGGUCUAGAAUCAGUAAUUAGUGUAAAGAAUAUAGCUAGAUCGUAACAGUGUGA